AGGGCAGUAAACCUUACAAAUGUAGAGUACUCUUCAUUUGUUUAAAGUUAAAUUGUUAUUUACUUCACUAUGAGUAUACAAGCUCUUUGGAUUGUAAGAAAUCGUCCAGUAAGCAAAACAAACGAAGAAGAUGUUGUUUUAUUCUCUAGGUUAUAUCAAACAUAUAUCAGAAAGUCAAAGGAAUUGGAUGGUGACCAAUAUGUUAAAAUUCCAAGCAACCCAGAACUAGCUAAAUCUGUCAUGUUUGAGCUGGGCCACACAGCAGAUGAAUUCUCAAAAUUUGUACAGACUCGUGACAGCUGUGAGAGGAUUGAACAGAAACCUGUGUAUGAGAUCAGUACAAAAGAUGGGAAACUUUGGCCAAUGGUUGUUGUAGAACAGUCUGGUUUAGUCUUAUGCUGCUUACCAUUUGUAAAACAGGGAACAAAAACUAGACCACCUCUAAUAGAUAUACCUGGCGUAACUCUUGGUUUUACCUUGCUGUGUGCACUGGGAGAUUUUUUGAGAAACACACCAAUUUCUGAUUUUGAUCAAAAGAUCAGUGAUAUAUAUGCAUUCCUGACACAAGCUGCACCAUUUGGUACUGUACUUGACACCACUGUCGACUCUGUCCUCGCCAAGAUGACAAAUAAAAUAAGCGCAACACCUAAAACUCAGAAGGUAUUUAUUAUUACUGUGUAA